AUGGCAGAAUCCAAGUUUAAGCCAUUUGAUAUAAUAAUUUUAACACUGACUUUGGUGAAUAUAUUUGUCAUUGUGCCACGUGGUCUCCUGCAUACUCUUACGGCAUUUGCAAUUAAGAAGUUGUUAAAUGACUAUGGAUGUAAACUAGUUAUUUACACUUUCCGUGUCUGCAGAGGCAUGUCUAUGUGUAGUACUUGUUUACUGAGCUGCUCCCAGGCCGUUACUAUCGCCCCAUCCACAAAUCAGUGGGUAAAACUGAAACGGAGUGUGCUUUUGAAGACUGUGCUUAGCUUGUCUCUUCUCUGGAGCUUUAAUCUGACAUUUUGGUGCUCAAGACUUCUCUAUACUUCUGCAGAAAUGAACACAACAGUUCACACCUAUGUAAUAAAUUCAGACUUUUGCUUUGUUAUUUUCCCAACAUAUUCCCAUUUCAUUGGAUUUGGUACUUCCGCUACAGUGUAUGAUUUCUGCUGUGUAAUUCUAAUGGCUUUAUCAAGUGGCUACAUUGUCUUAAGCUUAUAUCAACACAGGAAGAAAAUGAAAACCAUUCGUAGAAAUAAGACUAACAGCCAAGAAAAUGCUCCAGAAACUCAAGCAGCCAAAGUUGUUGUCACGCUCGUUAUGUUUUAUGUGACAAUAUUCAGCACUGAUAAUAUAGUUUUUAUUUACUCAAAUUUUGCACCAUCAGUACCACCUAUCUUUGCAGACAUUCGUAUGAUUCUUGCCUUAAGUUAUGCUGCAUUCAGUCCUAUUAUAAUAAUUAAAGCAAGCAGAAAAAUUCAGACAAAAUUUAAAUGCAGGAAAAAGAAAAAUGAGAUGCCGAUUUCCAACACCUGCAUGUCAAUAUCAGUCACGGAGGUAUAA